CAAAGCGAAUGAGACUUCCCUGAAAGAGCAGUCGAUGUUUGAUGCUCUGGUGUUUGAAAAUCUGCCACCUGUAAGAGGUUCCAAUUGCUCUGUUCCACCAUGUCAGGCUUCAGUUAAAAAAGUAGAGAGGACUCUUUCAAAACACACUCUCCCACGUGAUUAUCCAGAAUGGGACAAGUUUGAUGUCAAAAAAGAGUGUGAAAAACUUGAAGGAAAUGUGGAUAAAAAGGAUGCACCAGCCAUGAUAAACCAGGGACACCCCAAAAUCAAGACUGAAGUGGAUGCAUCAUUGCUGACACAACAGGAGAAGCUGCUUCUGGCAAAUCGUGAAAAGGAGAAAGGCAAUGAAGCUUUCAGAGCCAACGAUUAUGAGGAGGCUGUUGCAUACUACUCCAGGAGCAUCUCCAUUAAAUCGGCUGCGGCUGCAUACAACAACAGAGCACAGGCACAGAUCCAUCUCCAGCACUGGCACAGUGCCAUGGGAGACUGUGAGAGCGUACUGGAGCUGGAGCCUGGCAAUGUGAAAGCCCUGCUACGCCGUGGCACCGUUUAUAAUCACAUGGGCAACUUCCAAAUGGCUGUUGAAGACCUGAGGGUGGUGCUGAGGGAAGAGCCGCAGAAUGCUGCAGCCACGAAACUUAUAUUGGAAAUUGAGAAGAAGAUGAAGGAAUGUCAACCCGAGCAGCAAAGCAGAGGCAAAGAAAUCCUCAUCCAAGAAGUAGAAGAGAAAAAUGACAGUGACAAAACCAAAGCCAAAGAGACUGCCCGUCCGGUUGAACCCAGCCAGCCUGUGGGAGGGGAGGAGAGCUCAGCUGCUCCUGUCGAGAGGGGAGACAUGGGUAAUACUCAAAAGAAACCCCACAGCAGAGGGGACGGGGGUCCUCACAGUGAGCCCAACAACUCCCACCACGGACACCGGAGAGGCAAAGGAGCGAGCGCAGACAAGUACAGAGUCACGCAGGAGUCCAAGGAGAAGGUAGCCAAUGGAUCCGGCAAGAGGGGCUACACAGCCUCAGCCCCGGCUGAUUCCAGCAGGAAAGACUCUCCGGUUGGAGGAAAGGCAGGGGAAACCGUCAACCUUGAUGCCCCAUGUGGAGCCCUGCCCCCGCCUCUGUCCCGGCUAAAGAAUGAAGGAAACCUGCUGUUUAAAAAUGGACAGUUUGCCGACGCACUGGAGAAAUACUCACAAGCCAUCCAAGGCUUCACAGACUCAGGGAUUAACAGUCCUGAGGAUCUAUGUAUCCUGUAUUCAAACAGAGCAGCGUGUUACCUCAAAGAUGGCAACAGUCAAGAGUGCAUACAGGACUGCACACGAGCCCUGGAGCUGCAGCCAUUCUCCAUCAAGCCCCUCCUGCGCCGGGCCAUGGCUUAUGACUCCCUUGAGCGCUACCGUAAGUCCUACGUGGAUUACAAGACCGUCCUGCAGAUUGACACCAGCGUGCAAGCAGCCAACGACAGCGUCAACAGGAUCACCAGGCUGCUGAUCGAGGAGGACGGCCCGGAGUGGAGGGAGAAACUCCCUGAAAUCCCCAUGGUGCCUCUGUCAGCGCAGCAGCACCGCAGAGAGGAGACGCCCAGCGCCGAGCUCCUGCAGGCCCGGGCCGAGAAGGCAGCCAGAGACACAGAGAGGAAAGCAGAAGUCUGUUUUACAGCAGUGAAGCAAGAAGGGAAUGACUUUGUGAAGAAGGGCCAGUACCAGGACGCACUGGGGAAGUACACGGAAUGCCUUAAACUGAAGCCAGAAGAGUGUGCUGUCUACACCAACAGGGCCCUGUGCUACUUGAAGCUGGACCGGUUUACUGAGGCCAAGCAUGACUGUGAUGCAGCUCUCAAAGUGGAUCCGACCAAUAAGAAGGCCUUCUACAGACGAGCCCUGGCUAACAGAGGCCUAAAGGACUAUCUGGCCUGCAGUGCUGACCUGCAGGAGGUUCUGCAGCAGGACCCCAACGUGCAGGAGGCUGAGAAGGAGCUGGAGGAGGUGACGGUGCUGCUCAGGCAGAGUCUGGCCAAUGCUUUCCUUGCCAAACCCAGGAGGACUGUCCCCAUCACAGAGGUUGAGGGAGAUGAGGAAACGCCGGGCACUGCUCAGUCAGAGAGCAGUCCCCGAGGAGAGGAACCCAUCAACCUUCAGCCGACCAACGCCUACGAGUAUGGCCAGGCCCUGAACGCAGCUCGCUGCAGCGGGAACACAGCGGGCUGCGCUGCCCUGCUGGCCUCCACCCCCCCCGAGAAGCUUCCCCACUUCCUGAGCACCCAGCUGGAUGGGAGCACCAUCAGCUUCAUCAUGCAAGCACUGGACUCACACCUCCUGGAGAAAGACCCCGACCUUGUCUACCAACACCUCAAUCACCUGCACGCCGCCGACAGGUUCUCGGUUGUAUUGAUGCUGCUGGAGAAGGACGAGCGUCGCCACAUGACUCAGCUGUUUGAGCAUCUGUCUGCAGUGCAGAGCGCAGAGUUCAAUAAGAACGAUAUCCAGAAUCUGGCCAACAAGUACAUCUGACCCCUCCUCCCCUGCUUCCUGCUGCAUGAGCAUCUGCACCACUACAACUCUUGGAUCUAUGCAAAACGCUGCACAGGAACUGAGUCCACAGACAGGAAGCUGCAGAAUGUGCAGUGGAACCUGGUCAUACUCCCUGCUGUAAAUGAACUGAUCACUGUGUGUUUAAGUGACAGUAAGGAAUAUAUUUUUCUGCCCAGAACAUUUUGCUAUGCAGAUUUACUUUUGUACCACCCUUUGCAUUGUCCAACAUCAAGGCAGUGGGAAAUAUGGACCUUCCUUUUAGUGUAUUGAUAAAAAGGGUCCAAUGUACAAUGUCAUGCAACGCUACAGGCUCAUGUCCCCCUCUCAGGACUGGCUCAUGGUCCCAGGAAGGACAGCAGCUCAGAUCAGAAAUGAUAUUGACUCCUGGGUGAAUAGAGCCAAGGAACAUGUGAGCUCAUUUGCUACUGAGCAAUAUCCAUAAUAUAAAUUAAGAGUUUUAUUUUGUCCAGAUGUACUCUAUGGUCUUUGUGGGAGGAAUGGACCUGCUUUCAUUGCUCUUCUCAGUUCUGUUCUGUUCUGAUAUCUGUAGCACUGAUAUCAACUGACAGUGUUGUGGGAAACCAGAAUUGAAUGUCAAGAGUCCCUCAAAGGCUGCCCUCUUGUCCAUAAGGAAUAACAGGGAGUCAUUCGACCCAUUUGUUUACCAAAUUAGCUUCAGCCAUGCAGCGUUUUUCUGAGUUCCUUAGUCUUCAGGCUAGGGAUGAGUGUGCAGAUACUUCUAGAGAAAGAGUAUAUCUACAUCACUCAAUAGCUUUCAUCUCCUUUUUAAAGGGUUUGGUUUUAAGCAUCAUAAAUCAUACAUAUAUUCACUUAGCUACGUGCACGUCAUUGUUUGAAAUAUCUCAUUUAUUUGCUAACUUAAAGACAUUCUUUCAAUGUUUAGUAUUUAAUUAUUGAACAUUCAUCCAAACUGAAGAAUGCCUCGAUCCAAACCAUUGUUUUCAAAGGUUUGACAAAUUCUACAUGAAUUGAGUUAAGGGUGACAGGGGGCAAUCAUUUGACAUGUUUCACACUUCCUCCUCACUGGUUUUAACAUACUUCAUAGAGAUGUAUUCAGACUGAGUGCAGUGUUCAGAGGGCUGUUUUCUUCUGUGCUGAGGUGAAAUGAAAUAGUUCAAUAAAAAUGAAAUGGAUUAACA